GCUUGCACGUGCUGCGGCGCAUACGUUCGUCUUUCUACCGUUCUUCUCUGGACUUCCAAUCUACUCUUCUAAUCACCGUGACUGUCAUGGCACCCAAAUCACGCACAAAGAAGGUGACACCUACUUCAAAGGCUUUUUCGGACGACAUAUGUAUGCGCCGGCUGGACCGGUACUCCAAAGACUCAGUCGAGAAGCAGAUAUCCAUACCGGAGACCAUCACUGCUCUCGACUCGUAUCCACCGUUUUUAAGGAUACCUUCGGAGAUUCGUCGUGAAAUCUUGAGAUAUGUGCUUCCAUCCUCGAACAACAGGUUCGUCCUUUACACCGACUGCGACUCGACGGUAAUCAGCAAGAAGUGGAAUCGCAAGUGCCGGCCGCACCCCGACAAGAACCUGCGGCUCGAUAUUUUCCGCACUAGCCGUCUCAUCUAUCACGAAUGUCUCUCAGUCAUGUACUCCGAAAAUCUUUUCCAUUUUUAUGCCUUUAACUAUCUGCCCGUCUUGGACUUCAUACGACAUCUGAGCCCUGAAGCAAAGAGCUUGGUCCGGAAAGUUCGACUUUCUCCUCUCACGGACAAACAAAACGACCCACCAGCAAGUCACGACAUCUUCUGUACGGUUAUUCACGACUCUCUUCCAGGGCUCAGCGAACUCCAGGCUGACCCUGUGGUUUUCUUUUAAUGUCAGCAUCAAUCAUUUCUUUCUCUUCUCCACUUUGGCACGGAUAGAACAUGAGCAUCUUCACAAGCGGGCGUUUUGGGUACGACGUCAGGAACACAGGCGUCCAGGCGUUCAGUUACAAGCAAUAUCAACGUUGGGCGACCGUGUUCGUCACACCAGACUAUUCUUUGAUGCCUCAUGAUCGAGUCCAAGACCUCGAACAGCAUAA